AUGUCUCAGGACAACUUUGAGGCUUUGUUAGGGUUUACGCCGUUAAAAGCCCAAUUAUUACGCGAUUUGGGUAUCGAUAGAAGUAAUUGUCUGGAUGAUUCUCCCGUGAAUAAACCAAGAGAAACAAACAGUGAUUUUUACAAUGAAUAUGAUGUUAUAGAAAAUAAAGACUUUUUAACAUACACACAAACAGCUGCCGUUAUUUACAAGGAUAUCUACAAGUUGAUACCCAAUAGAAAAAUUAGGUUUAUAGAGGAAAUUAUAGCACAAGAAUUGAAGAAUUUGGAUGGCAAGUUUAAGUUUACAAUAUGUGGCGAAUAUAGAAGGCAAUUAAAGUGGUGUAAAGAUAUUAAUAUCGUUAUUACUCAUGAAGAUGAAACUAAUUUUACUGAUAGACCAUUAAGAUUGGAAUGUGUAGCAAAACAACUAAUGAAAAUUGGUUUUAUUGUUGAAAUUAUUGAAGGCGUCAACAAAAAAGGGACAUGUUCGGCCAUUUGCCAAUUGGGCAUUUCUUCAAACUUUAAUUUAAUCAAUUUUUUAUAUGUGCCACCUUUUAAAUAUUACAUGGCAGUUUUUAUGGAAACAGGACCGAAAUUAUUUGUGGAUAAAGUGAUAAAACAUGCAGGAAAUCUAGGAAUGAAAAUUGAAAAAAAUGAAAUACAAAAAGUGUUUUGCAGGGAUUUAAUAAGGGAACCCCCUUUAAAAAUUGCAAAUGAAGAAGAUGUUUUUGAUGUACUAUGUUUACCAUACAAAAAUCCUCAGGAUAGACAUUAA